GUAAAAGGUUUUCGUAUCAAAUUCAACUUAUUUCCUUAAAUAUAAUAAUAUUUUUGAACAAAUGGAUGAAGUAAAAAGGAAAAGUGUGACAAAAGAAUACGAUGAUGCCGAUAUUGAAGAGGAUAAAUAUCGGAUGUACUCAUCUAUGUCUUUUAUGAUUGUGGUAAUUCUAAUUGGCAUACCGAUGUGGUGGAAGACAACAGAGGUUUAUAGGGUGUCUCUACCAUCUUACAAUAUUUUAGGUUUAAGUGAAAAUCCUAUUAAAACCUCUGUGAGUAUUGGAAUAUUCACAUUUCAAAAGGAGCGAUCAUCUUUGCUUAUAAGUGAAUUAAAUGAGGCUUUUGCAGAUAAUAGCUUGUGGGAUGUUAAAUUCGUUCAAAUUUUACCAUUCGAGAAAGCGAAUGAAGCAAAAACACCAGCUGGUCUGGAAAAUUAUAUAUUAAAGCAGCAUCAGUUAAAAGUUGGUGAUUUCAUUUUUAUUGAAUGGCCACGAUUGGAGGAGGAAGUUUUGCUAACUAAUGAACGCUCUGCUUUAAUAAGGACAGAUACAAGUGCUAAUAAAAUUAAAAGCGUUAUUAAUUUGUUAAUAUUACAAACGCAUCGCAUUCAACAAAUAUUGACCACGGAUCAGCGUUAUGCUACUAAGUCUGAAGCGCCUCAAGCUGAGUAUGAUGUUAUAGUGUCUGUGCUGAAUCCCAAUCCUGAAAUAAUGGAUGCAAAAUGGAAUGUACAAAUGGCCAUUGAAACAUAUCUUGCUCCGUUUUUAAGAGACGUAUCCGGUGUAUCGAAUUUUACAUUAAAAUCACAAUGGAAAUAUCAAUUAGCAUUUGAAGCAGAACUUAAACAAAAACGUGAUACUACCAAACUUGGACGUCAUUAUGCUUUAUCUGAAACAUCCCUGCCACAUAUAAUAACAUCAAUUGAAAAGAAUUUAGGUGUUGGCAUUACUGAUAAAUCACCCAUUAAUUUGGUAGUGUAUAUACCACCUUGUAGUAUUGCACCCAUUCAUAUAUAUAAUCGACAUGGUAAUAUAGCUACGAAGCAUAAUGUAGACUCAUUUAUUUCACAAAAGUGGGGUGGAAUAAUCAUAGCAAAUCCACCCGAGGAAACAUGCUUAGCUUACAAUGAAAAUCAACAACCCGUGCAAUUCUAUGUGAACACCAAUGAUAUAAUGCAAAUCAUGUUGCAUCAAUUACACAAACUUUUAGACAUAAGUAUCGAGUUUAAUAUACCAUCUGUGAAAACAGUUGCACUUGAGCAAAUAUCGCCACGUCGUUGGGAAUAUGAGUCGUACAUUAGGCGUAGCACCAUCACACAUAUCACAACUGCAACAAACACAUUGCAAAGCUUAAUUAAAUUAUUAGACAAUAUCAGUUAUAUAGUCAUAAACGAUGAUGUAGGUACAUCCAUUAAUACCGCAUAUGAACACAUUCUACUGGCCAAAAGUGCGCUUGAAGCUAACGAUUUGGUCAGCUCCUCCAAAUAUGCAAAAAUUGCUUUCACCUCUUCGGAGCAUGCCUUUUUCGAUUCCACUCUCUUGGCACAACUCUAUUUCCCGGACGAACAAAAAUAUGCAAUUUACAUUCCACUUUUCCUGCCCAUCAUGGUACCUGUGAUAGCUUCGUUUUCAAUGCUACGUAAAUUAAUAGUAAAGUUAUUUGGAGCCAAGAAAGAAAAACAGAACUGAAAAUAGAUGUGAUGUAUCUUUUUUUUAAUGACUAUGACAGUAUAAACUUUAAGUAUUUUUAGUAUAAUUUCUUUUCAAAUCCAACUCAACACCUCCUACGGGUUAUUUAUAUAUAUAUUUUUUUUUAAAUCAAACCAAAUAAAAUAAAUG